CUCUGUUGACAACUUAUAACUAGUAAUUAUUAUUUACUAGUUUAUUAAUAUAAUAUGACUAUUAAUAAAAACAAUAAUCACAAUUAUUUAUCUCGUAAAAGUAAAGUAAUUAAUCAAAAUAAUUUUUUUAAUUGCCAUCGACUAAUUUACAUUGUUAUUGUUUCGUUAUUUAUUUUAAUCGGAGUCUAUAAUUACCACUAUGCAGAACAAUAUUACGAGUACGAGUAUGAAAACGUGAUUGAAAAUAAUUUCAUAAAAUUCAAUGAAAGUGAUGAAUUAAUUGCACCGGUAUAUUUAUACGAUCGUUUUAAAAAUAGACAUGAACGGAUGAUGCAAAAAUGUUUGGGGCAUAAAUUAAAUGUAAAGAAUAAUGGUACGAAUAAUGAACCGAAUGCAUGGGAAUUUUUAAUUAAUGAUAAAUAUAAACUUGUUUGGUGUAAUGUUUUUAAAGCAGCUUCUUCAUCGUGGUUUUAUAAUUUUAAUUUACUUGCUGGAUACGAUCGCAACUAUUUGGAUAAUACUAACGAGACCCCAGUAUCGGUUGCACGUAAAAAAUAUCCCAGACCUUCAGUUAAAGAACUUUUGGAAGCUUUAAAAGGUCACCUGAGUUUUAUUAUUGUACGUCAUCCUUUUGAACGUCUUGUCAGUGCCUACAGAGACAAAUUUACAUCCGAUCCAUACAAUUCAUUCUUCAGACCAUUAGGAAGAAAAAUUAUAAAAGCUACACGACCAAAUUACAAAAUGAACAAAUCAUAUCCGCCGACAUUUGAAGAGUUUGUUAGAUAUAUAUUGUUUCAGUGGAAGUUUGGAAGAAAAAUAAACGAACACUGGACUCCAAUUCACAAACUAUGUACACCCUGUCUAGUUGAUUUUGAUCUUAUACUCAAAGUUGAAACUUUGAAAGUAAAAUAUUUGAAUAAUUAAAUUAAAUUAUCAAAAGAAGAUCAAGACUAUUUAAUAAAUCUAGCAAACAUACAAAACAUUAUAGGAGCAACUUGGAAAAAUUCAUCGAAAAAUCAAACAACUGAG